ACUAAAGUGUCUUCUCUCCUUCGGCAAGACAAGAAGAGAAUUUGGUUAUUGUAGAGAAUUUAGCCAAAACACAGUGUAUCAGGCUUCACAAUGAUUCCGCCGAAUGCAUCACUAGUUAAAUAUGACAAUCCAGUUCUCGUAAGCAGGAACACAGACAAAAAAUCGCCAAGGGCGCGAUCUCUGAAAGUAAGCCAACAGCAAGGUACAGGACCUGCAGCAACUGGACCAGUACCUCAACCGCCACGAGCUAGUAAACUACCACCAAUGGAUGCACAGAAAAACCAACAAACUGAUGAGAUACUCAAUGCAAUCCUGCCGCCAAGGGAGUGGACUGAAAAUGGUCAGUUAUGGGUGCAACAGGUAUCUAGUACUCCAGCCACAAGAUUAGAUGUUGUUAAUUUACAGGAGCAACUGGACAUGCGUCUUCAACAGCGACAAGCAAGAGAGACAGGAAUCUGCCCGGUCAGGAGAGAACUUUACUCACAGUGUUUUGAUGAAUUGAUUCGUCAAGUGACCAUUAACUGCGCCGAACGUGGCCUUCUGCUGCUCAGAGUGCGUGAUGAGAUCAGAAUGACUAUUGCUGCCUACCAAACUCUGUAUGAAAGCAGUGUUGCAUUUGGAAUGAGGAAAGCAUUGCAAGCUGAGCAAGGAAAAGCAGACAUGGAAAGGAAGAUUCAAGAGCUUGAGGGAGACAAGCGAGAUCUUGAGAGGCAGGUCAAUGAACUGAAAGCCAAGUGUGAAGCCAUUGAGAAGAGAGAAGCUGAAAGAAGGGCAGUCGAGGAAAAGAAGCAUGCAGAGGAAAUUCAGUUUCUCAAGAGGACCAACCAACAACUGAAGACCCAGCUUGAAGGGAUCAUUGCUCCUACCAAGAAGUAAACUUGUUUGAAUGAUCUGGGCAGUGUAAAUUUUGUAAACAUUGGUAGUUUUGAAAUGGUAAUAGUUUUCCACAGAAAAUAAGCAAUUUCUUUAAAUGACAACUUGUAAAGAAACCUUACUUAUUAUGAAUAUUCAAACAUUUACUCACCAUUUGAAAGAUAAAUUGUCAUUCAUUCAUUCCUUUUUUUUUUUUUAAGGUAAAAAUUGAUUUUUUUUUUACUGAUAGACGUUAUGUCACAUAUAGAAGUGUGUUGGCAGCACUGCAAAAUUGUGGUUACACACUUUACAACUUUAUGAUUGACAUAUUUUGAGUAUAUUAAUAAAGUGUUGAAAAGAC